UAAUAAUUCACAAAAUAAUAGUACCAAUAAUUUAGAUAUAAGUACAAAUAAUAAAAAUAUUAUUUAUGAUAUUCCACCAAAAUGUUUAAUGGAUACAAAUUUAGGCAGUCAUUCUUAUGUUAAACUAAAAAACAUAAAAUUUCAUUACGUGGAAUGUGGUAAUAAACAAGCACCAUUAAUCUUCUUACUACAUGGAUUCCCCGAUUGUUGGUUCAGUUGGCAAUAUCAAUUACCCGAAUUAUCGAAAUAUUAUCAUUGUAUUGCUGUAGAUUUAAAAGGUUUUGGUGAAUCAGAUAAACCAAUAAACAAGAAUUUAUAUUCAAUAAAUACGAUUAUCGAAGAACUAGAAGAAUUUAUUACAAUUAUAUUAAUAAAAAAAUAUGCAAAUAAUACAAAAAAUAAAUCAAUAAUAUUAAUUGGUCAUGAUUUAGGUGCAAUAUUAUCAUGGUAUUUAAUUUAUAAUAAAAAUAUUAAUAUUAGUAAAUUUAUUUCAAUAUCAUCGAUACAUCCAAAUGAAUAUAUUACGAAUUUAAUUAAUACAACUGGUAAUAUAUUUAAUAUAAAAUGGCUGUAUAUUACCCAAUUACCAUAUAUUAUUGAAUCGGAUAUCAUUUAUAACGAUUUAAAUAUUAUCGAUUUAAUUUAUAAGCAUUAUAAUAAUAAUAUAAAUAUUAUAACAGCGUAUAAAUAUUGUUUUAAACGAUUUAACGAUUGGAUUGGACCAUUAAAUUAUUUUCGUAAUAUACCAUAUAUUAAAAUUAAUAAUAAUAUACAUACAAAUAAUACAAAUAUCAAUACAGAUGAAUUAACUCAUCAAAUCUAUAUUAAUACAUUAUUUAUUGUUGGUAAUAAAGAUCCAUUUAUACAAUUAGAUUCGAUAAUUAAAUCAACAAAUUAUUGUGGAUAUAAAUUUUUAAUAAAAAUUAUCGAUAAUGCUGAGCACUUUCCGCAUCAACAAUAUCCGAAAGAAUGUAAUGAUAUUAUAUUUAAUUUUCAUAUCACUGGCGUACGUGACAGUUCUGUAGCGAAUUUAAUGUGGGAGGCUGAAAAGGGGGAUAAAGACAAAGUUGUUCGGUAUUAUUUAUCGGCAAUACAAUCUGAAUGA